CGCCGGGACCAAGUUGGUCCAUGGAAUCUGCCGCGCCGUAAUUGCCGCGGGUCCUGCGCUGCCGCCUGCCUCUCCUCGGACCGGAGCGGGCCGGGCGGGCCUCGGCAGGCCAUGUCUUCCUCGGGCGCGCUCAGCAACUACUACGUGGACUCCUUCCUCCUCCACGAGAGCGAGGAGCUGGUGCAGUCCCGCUACGGCGCGGCUCCCCUGGGCCAGCCGGGCCGGCAGGCGAGCCUGGCCGAGCACCCCGAGUUCGCCCCCUGCAGCUUCCAGUCGAAAGCCUCCGUCUUCGGCGCCUCCUGGAACGCCGUGCACCCGCCGAGCGCUAGCAAUGUGCCCGCCGCCGCCGCCGUGUACCACCCGUACGUGCACCACCAGGCACCCAUGGCAGCGCCCGACGGCAGGUACAUGCGUUCGUGGCUCGAGCCCGUGCCGGCCUCCCUGUCUUUCCCCAGCAGGCAUUACGGCAUUAAACCUGAGCCGCUCACGGCCCGGAGGGGUGACUGUACCACCUUUGACACGCACGCACUCUCCCUGACUGACUUUGCUUGUGGUUCUCCUCCAGCUGAUAGGGAUAAGCAAGGCAACGACGGGUCCUUCGCGGAAAACAAUGGCGAGAGCGAGGCCGGCGGAGACAAGCCCCAGCUCGACCCCAAUAACCCCUCUGCGAAUUGGUUACACGCGAGAUCCACCAGGAAAAAGCGCUGCCCUUACACCAAGCACCAAACGCUGGAGCUGGAGAAAGAAUUCCUCUUCAACAUGUAUCUCACCAGGGACCGGCGGUAUGAAGUGGCAAGGCUGCUGAAUCUGACCGAGAGACAAGUGAAAAUCUGGUUUCAGAACCGGAGGAUGAAAAUGAAGAAAAUCAACAAGGACCGAGCAAAGGACGAAUGAUGCUCUCUGGGGUGAGGGGUUUCUCCUCCUCCUCCUCCCAUGCAACGCAACCACAACCCCCAUCACCCCCCCCCCCCAGGAGACUGUGUCCAGGCCUCAACGUUGAUUUUUGUCCUUGCCAAUUCAGUCCUUGAAUGUACCUCACCAACGCAGGCUUGAUGGCUGGACCCCGGUGCUAUUCAUGAGGUACCACGAUUUUCCCAUUGUCUGAUCAUAGGAAAGAAAAGGGGGCAUUAUUAACGUGCAAAGCUGAUUUGUUGGCUUAUUUAAAUCUACCUGUCACGAAAGAAAGAAAGAAAGAAAGAAAGAAAGAAAGAAAGAAAGAAAGAAAGAAAGAAAGAAAGAAAGAGAAAGAAAGAAAGAAAGAAAGAAAGAAAGAAAGAGAAAACUACCUUUUUAAUGCACAACUCUUGACGGACUGUAUAGGUUAGUCGAAGUAGUUAAUUUUAUUUGCUCUUUGCGUGGCAGAGAGAGGUCUGCUCUAAUACUUGAACACUGUGUUUGAUCGUGGUUAUUAUAUUUGUGACUCAAUUUUUGUGCUUGGGUGCUGUACCAGACGUGAUUGUGAAAGCUAGAAUUCAAUUUGAACUCAGGUUGUUUAAUAUAAAAGUUGCAUAGAGUAUAGCUCUGUAGUGUAAGACGUCUUUUUUCUGUAUCUUUAGACAGUUAACCUUGGAUUGUACGGGAAAGAAUAUUCUCCCUCCCUCCCUCUCACUCCCCCCACCCCACCCCCAAUUUUAAAAAAACAAAGGGGGGGGGAAUGAUCUGAGUUUGAAAAGGCAUCAGGAGCUCCCCCUUUCUUGAAAGCGUCAUCUUAGUAUGCACAGAAAACAAUGAUCUAUAUAUCUAUAAAUAUAUAGUACCGUCUUCGUCAGUUGUAUAUAUAUAAUCUAUAUAUUAAAGAUUAAGCCCUUAAUAAUCAGAUUAUCCUGAAUAUUGUUUUUGCACCCGUGAGCAGUUUUCAGCUAUCGGAGCUAUACGUAUAUGUGAAAAAGGUAACUACCUAUGGUUUACGUUUUUAAGUUUAAUCAAAUAAUUUGAUUCUUAUUGUAAUGAAAUUUAAUUUUAUUGAUAAUAAAUUAUACGCUCUAAAAACCUACCUUUGGUUAUUGUAGAUUUGUAUCAAUUAUUAAAAAAAUAAAAUCCUGGAAGUUAUGUUUAUGCAGAAGCUACACUGUAUAUUUUGCAAU